CUGAACCCCUAGCGGUGGUCACGGUGCUGCCUGAUCAAAAAUGGCACAUUAACAUUACAACAUUCAGGCUCACAGCCAACAUACUGUAUGUCCGUUCCCACGCUUCUGUCUUCACACUGUUUUUGCUGGCAAGAAGUGCUGCGUGUGUUGAUGACUAACAUGCGCCGCGGCUUGUAUGCCAGCACUGUCACCACCGCGCACAUCAUGUCCAUCAAAAAAAAUAAAAGUAUCGGUAUUUUUCAAAAGCAGCAUGACACCAUUGUUAAUUCAUUGGUACCGCGGUACUUUAUUAGCACCAGUAUACCGUACAACCAGGGCCGGCCCGUGGCAUAGGCCGUAUAGGCAAAUGCUAAGGGCGCCGUCCAUCAGGGGGCGCCACGCCAGUGCCACAAAUGUUGGAGAAAAAAAAAGAAAAAAAAUAAGUUGGUACUAUUAUUUCUAAAUACAAAAAAUAAUCCCACGUUAAUUAAAAUGCAAAGUAAAGCCUAUUUAACAGAAAUAUUAUUUGUUACAACAUUACGCCCCCCCCCCCCCUCCUCCCCCCGCACGGUGCGCCCCUUCCUUCCCGUAUCAUGACUCUUUUUGGACGUCACCACAUCAAAAAAUCAACACAAGAUGCCAAAACUGUCAGGUGCCCAGGGAAGAAAAAAGAGAAAAGAAGAGGAGGAGAAACGAGAAAAGACAGAGGUAGCAGCCACAGGACCAAAGCCUCCGGCUGGCCGCCCCCUUCAGGGACGUGGUCCGCCUCGCAGGGAGCCCCCAAUGGAUGGGACACGGGCGCCAAUAGAGAGGGGCGUGACUGCUACUUCAACCAAUUCAGCCAAAGCAUCUCCCUGGAAGAGGUCCGCCUAGAUGGAGACAAGUUUGUGCCGCCAGCACCCCGGAAGGUGGAGAUGAGACGCGACCCAGUACUCGGCUUUGGCUUUGUGGCGGGCAGUGAGAAACCUGUGGUGGUCCGCUCAGUCACACCAGGGGGCCCAUCAGAAGGCAAGUUAAUCCCAGGGGACGAGAUCAUCAUGAUCAAUGAUGAGCCUGUCAGUUCUGCACCCAGGGAGAGGGUUAUUGACCUCGUCAGGAGCUGCAAAGAGUCCAUUUUGUUGACCGUCGUUCAGCCAUACCCAUCACCCAAGUCGGCGUUCAUCAGCGCAGCCAAGAAGGCCAAGUUAAAGACCAACCCUGUUAAAGUCCGCUUUGCCGAAGAGGUCAUCAUCAAUGGCCAGCUCCCUGAAACUGUGAAGGACAACUCUCUUCUUUUUAUGCCAAAUGUUCUGAAGGUCUACCUGGAGAACGGCCAGACUAAAUCGUUUAAAUUUGACAGCAACACUUCUAUUAAGGAUGUCAUCUUGACCCUGCAAGAGAAGCUUUCCAUUAAGAGCAUCGAACACUUCUCUCUGAUUCUGGAGCAGCGAGCCGAAGGAUCAGCCAGCAGGCUCAUGCUCCUGCAUGAGCAAGAGAUGCUAACUCAGGUGACAAAGAGGCCAGGGUCAAACAAGAUGAAGUGUUUUUUUCGCAUCACUUUUGUCCCAAAGGACCCCCUCGAGCUGCUUAGAAGAGAUGCAAUAGCAUUUGAGUACCUCUAUGUCCAGAGCUGUAAUGAUGUUGUACUGGAGAGAUUCGGGUCGGAGCUAAAAUAUGACACUGCUCUCCGUCUUGCUGCACUGCAAAUGUAUAUUCUAACCAUCAAUACCAAGCAGUCGCAAAAAGUGUCCCUCAAGUACAUCGAGAAGGAAUGGGGUCUAGGCUUGUUCCUGCCCCCUGCAGUGCUGUCAAGCAUGAAAGAGAAGAACAUCAAAAAAGCCCUUACUCACAUCCUCAAAACCAACCAGAACCUGGUUCCACCUGGUAAAAAGCUAACUGCCUUGCAGGCUAAGGUCCAUUAUCUGAAGUAUCUCAGUGACUUGAGGCUCUAUGGAGGCCGAGUGUUUAAGUCUACACUUAUUCAAGGCGAGAAGCACACAGAUGUGACUUUGCUGGUCGGGCCCAGAUAUGGCAUUAGCCAUGUGAUUAACACCAAAACCAACCUGGUGGCACUUCUGGCUGAUUUCAGCCAUGUCAAUCGCAUUGAGAUGUAUGCAGAAGAUGAAAACAAAGUCCGAGUGGAGCUCCAUGUUCUGGAUGUUAAGCCCAUUACUCUGUUAAUGGAAUCUACUGACGCAAUGAAUUUGGCCUGCCUGACUGCUGGCUACUACAGAUUACUGGUGGACUCUCGGCGUUCUAUCUUCAAUGUGGCCAAGAACACUGACAAUCAUGCAGCCAGGAUAAAGCAGAACUACCAGCCCAUUGAAUGCACGUACAGCACGCCCCAAAAGGGAUAUGAAGACAGGAACAACCAGAGGUGCAGCCAAGACUUUUCAGACCCGGAGUUUGAAUACUUGGAACGUGGCAAAUGUGAAGGCCCACCAGCCUACAUGGCAGAGCUCCACCAGGCUCAGCACUCAAUACAUAUGGCAGAAAGAGCAGAGUUCUGCCGGUUACCAUGCUCCCAAACAUACCUUAAUGUCCCAAGAACCAAAGACCAAGAACCCUCUAGGAGUGCAAAAGUAUCUUUCAUAUUUGGAGAUCCUCCCUUAGACACUGUUAACCCCCAAAAUCUCGGCUACCAGAGACUGAUGGACGAAAGUUCAGAAAUAAUAGACAAUCACAGCCCCGUGUACAGGCGUCUUGAUGAGGACUACAAGAUGAUGGACGCCCUUGAAGACGGCGAUGGGUAUCAAUAUUCAACCAAAAUGUUCGAGGAGCCGCUGCUGCACGAUAUCUGCUAUGCAGAAACAACAGAUGAUGCUGAGGACGAGGAUGACAUCAGCUGCGAAGAGGACAUAAUGAUGAGUGACAUUGACAAACCUGCAUUGCUCUCCCUCUCAGAGUCCAGUGAUGACAUCAUUGACUUGACCUCCCUUCCACCGCCACCAGAGGGCAACGAUGAGGAGGAUAAUGACGUACUGCUGCACUCUCUUAAUCUGGCCAUCGCUGCUCCUCCUCCUGGCUUCAGGGACAGCUCAGAUGAGGAGGAGCACCAGGAGGCUGGGAAUCAGGCCCAGGGGGGCCGCAAUGAUAUCCCAGUGUCCCUCAUAGAUUCAGUGCCCGUCCGUAGAGCACAGAACCAGGGGGAGCCCUUCGACGAGGCUGUUGUGUCUACUUUGCAGGCACUUGAAGCCCUUGCUGCAUCUGAGGAACCCGCACAAUCUGAGAACAACACAGGUGUACAAAUGUUACGAGCGUUUAGUCCCGAGUCAUCAGAUUCUGGCAAUGAGACCAACUCGUCCGAGAUGACGGAAAGCUCCGAGCUGGCCAUCGCACAGAGGCACUCGGACAACCACCUGAGGAUGCAUGUAGGUGUGACGGAUGUUUACCACACCACCAAUGAUGAAAAGACAGAGGCACUUGGCGAUGGCGGAGCCGGGACUGUGCAGGAACAACAGGUUGAAGAGCUCAAAUCUGCUGCCACUGCUUCCUCCCAGCUUUUCCACUCAGAUGGUGGAGAGAUGGAGCCAGAGACAAUGGAAAUCAAAUCGGUCAGUGACUACUUCACUAAGAUGCACAUUGGCUCACUUAUGAGCAGGCACGGAGGAAAACAGCGGGAGCCAGAGAACCGAAUCCAAAGAGAGAUGUGUAAUUCUUCUGAAAGAUGUCAGGUGACCUCCCAAGAGCUAGCUAAAGAAGAGGAGACGCAUCUUGUUGGAAAGUACAACACGUUCACUGUGAGAGAUUCCUAUUAUGUGAAUCAGCUCGAUCUGGGACGAACUCCACUCCAAGACCAGCAUCGAAAAUGGCUGCACAGAGCGCCCGGAAACAAAAUGGACGAGACUAUCUCUCCAGAAUAUGUGAAUGAGUCAGAGGCCUCCCACACAGACAGGUUGGCAGUGAAGGGAGGGAAACAGGAUUCAGAUGAAAGAAGCCAACCGUCAAAUGUCCAACUCCGCUCUCCCUCUAAAGAACCGGAGGUGGCUGAUACUUCACGGGACGGUGAUCAGCAGAUUAAGAAUGCGCCGUCGGAUCAAGAUGUCACAAGACUAUACGAAUACCACUUGAGCAAGCGCAUGUCAUCCUUGCAGAGUGAGGGGGCUCAUUCUCUUCAAAGUUCACAAUGUUCCUCCAUAGACGCCGGCUGUAGCACGGGCAGCAGCAGUUGUGUCACUCCAAUGGAUUCCCCUCUCUGUGCUACAGACAACACACACAUACUGUCCGAGUCCUCGCUAAAGGGGCUGAGUUAUGUAACCUCUGCUGAGGAAAAGGCCUAUGUUCCCAUAGGCCAAAAUAAGGAGCACACGCAACUGAGGAAGAACCAUGUACCCAACAGUGCACAGGGCGGGUUUGGAAAUAGCCGGGACAGCGGUCACAGAUUGUCUAAGAUCAAGGAAACCACAGCCUGCGCACAGCAGUGGACGGGUGGAGAAGAGUCAUCUUUAAGUCUCUGUCACGAGAGCAGCAACACCACUACAGCCAUGUCACCAUCGUUAUUAAAAAGCUGCACACAGCACAGUGGGCUAGUUUGCGCCCGACCAGAGUCCGACCCACAUGCCUUGCUUUACCCCUCGAGCGCAUCCUCCUGUGACAUUCUCAAAGGUAGCCUCAGGAAGCCACGCAAGGUUCACAUGCACAGGAGAAGCUGGAGCACCCUAAUGCAAGGCUCCAGGAGCUUCGAGGCAUUGUUGGAGAGGACCAAAGCCACGUUUACGGGGAAGAGUGGUGGCCAGAGUCCAGAGUCCCAACAUGGAGCAAAAGUCCAGCGCGUAUCUUAUGCCAAAACCGUCCCCAAAAGUUUCUCCCAUGGUUCAGUUGCCUCUAAUUCAGCAUGUGGAAGACUGCCACGGUCGCCGACAAUGCGGCUGGAUGCAGGUGCACUGAGAUGCCACGGGCCGGUCACUUGCUGCUUCAUUCGUAGACCGAAGAACACAGAGCAUGCUGACAGGGAGCCCUCCCAGCUCGUGUUCUCUGACAAGAGCGUCGCAGUGAAAGGCAUGAACCUGGACGCGAGGUUGGCUCGUGUAAAUUCAAUGAAGGGCAAGACCUACAGCCUUCGCACAGGGUUUGCACUCGCACGGACGGACGCCUUGGAGAUUGUCGGCUUGCUGCGUUCCAGCCACACAUCUAGAGGCGGCAACGCGCCGGCCGGCGACGCUGACAUGGCGACAUUCUCCCAACUGCUCGUCACGCAGGCCAAAGUGCUGAGCGGCGCCUGCGGUCAGAUGGCUGCGGAGUACGGCAGCCCGGAAGAGCUGUUGCUCACUCUGACCCACAGCUUUCACACACUCUGCUGCCUAACGCAGGCCUGCAUGUCCUUAGCGGAAGGCCUGUGUGGCGACACGGAGCGGUGCGAAGUGGUCGCCAAGGUGGACGAGGUUGUCAUCAACUACGUGUGUCUGCUAAAAACCGCAGAGGCAGCCAUGGCGAGCGCCCUCGGCGAUCCAAGCGUGGAAGCGUUGACGUAUCAGUCUGCCAACAUGUCGGCUAUCAUAAACACACUAAUUCAUUUCAUGACCACACUGAGCAUCAAAUAACCUAUUGAUUUUAAAGCCAUACAAACGUACGGAGCCCCUACAGCAGGGGUGUUGAACUCAAAUACAGAGUGGGCCAAAAUUUAAAAGUGAACAAAGCCGCGGGCCAAGGUUGAACAAAUUAACCUUUUAAUAGGGACCCAAACAAGUUUUGCAUUGAAUAUUGAACAAGCAAGGCUUAUAUAACUUUAUAAUGACAUGCAAAAUCCAGUUUCAAAUAAUAAUAAUAAUUAUUAAAAAAUAUCAAUGGCAUAUCAAAUACAAUUUAAAAAAAAAUGGAAUGCCUCUUUUUUAUUUGCAGCCUUCUGAGGUAAAUUUCAACAUUAACUUUUUCCACAGGACUUUAAACUGCUCAGUUUGCAACACACUGAUCUAAUCUGAUGUGCCCAAGCCAGAUACCUGCCAUCUUUUCUUGGAUGCUAGUUCAUUAAUGUCGGGGCUCAGGCUUUGAGCUGAGGCAACCUUCAUUAUUGAACGAAGGUGUUCAUCAGUCAUUAUAUCUCGUCCACCCGGACCACAGUCUUGGGGGCGUGCUUUAAAGGCACUGCGUUUAUCGUCCUCUACGAGCUGUUGUCACGUCUGCUUUUCAUCCAUUCCAACAUCGUGCCGGCCCGUCUGGGCCAGCAUUCGCUGGACUGGGUGAAAAGCGGACGUGACGAUUUUUGGGAGGGGCACUGAAAUUUGAAAGUCUCCCGGGAGGGUUGGCAAGUAUGAGAAUUAGCGGUGAAUGCGGUGUUAUCGCGGCACCGCCGCUGAAUAUGAUCGGCGGGCCAGCUCUAGUGUUAAUUUGAUAUCGCCUCAAGGGCCAAGUGAAAUUACACGGCGGGCCAUAUUUGGCCCGCGGGCCAGAGUUUGACACCCAUGCCCUAGAGGGACAUGGAGGGAAAAAAUGUUUUACGAGAUCUUGCAAAAGGUUUUUUCCUAUGAACCGGAAGUACAACAUACACAGCGAUGGUGAACCGGAAGUGAAACAGACACAGCGAUGGAGGAGCCUACCCAUCAUCCGUGGGAGAAGUUUAUUGAUUUCUAUUUUGUCUGUCUGUUUCACUUCCGGUUCACUGACAUAGGCAAAAAUGUAUUGCGAGAUCUCGCCAAACAUUUUCUUCCCUCCAUGUCCCUUUAGGGGCUCCGUACAAACGAGACAUGGGUGUGACCACAAUGUGAAGUGCUGUGAACAAAAGAAAUAUAUUGCCUUGUGUACACACUAUUUUAUUAAAAAAAUUUAGAAAUUCAAUAUAUGAUUCACAGAAUUUUAAAAAGAUUUAAGCCUUCUAAGAUGCAUAUCCACCCAAGUAUUUAAGAGUAUAUACUAAUAAUUAUUACAAUUAUUUAUAGAUUUCAUUACAGACUUCUAGAUCAUAAAAAAAUCAUCACAAUAUUCUGUUUAUAAAAUGGAAAAAUAUAUAUUAUGUUGGAGAAAUACUGUGUACAGCUCUUGACAAAUCAUUGCACAGGACAUCAUCAAAUUAAAAGAAUGCACUUUUUCAUGUUCUGGGUACUUACUUACAAGGACACUGUGUACAUUUUCCUGUUAUUUUUUGGACGCAUUAAAGAGAUAGCAAAAUUAUAAAACUUCAAA